GUAGCACACUUAAAUUAACCAACCAUGGCUGACUAUGACAGAGAGGAGGAGACCACGUUCGUCGUCGAAGAAGUGAAAAUGCUCGUAAAAGAGUGUGCUGACACGGUCCUGGGAGAAGCUUCCUAUCAGCACAGCAGAGUCAGUCAGUGGAGCAACAGUGUGGUGGAGCAAUGCCUCAGUCAACUAAGCAAGCUGGGAAAACCUUUUAAAUAUAUCGUAACCUGUAUCAUCAUGCAGAAAACUGGAGCAGGUCUGCAAACAGCCAGCUCCUGCUUCUGGGACAGCUCCACUGAUGGAAGCUGCACAGUGAGAUGGGAGAACAAGUCCAUGUACUGUACCAUCACUGUUUUUGGGCUGGCCAUCUGAAUCUACUUUUGUUCAUGUAAUCAAAGUAUGUUAUAUUAAACAAAAUUCAGUUGAAGUUUACCAGGCAUACUUUGCUUUAUUUACACACAACAGUGGCACAUGUACAGCUUUUAUAUCAAGUAGUAAAUAAUGAAAA